ACCCCUCCAAAGCGGAAGUUAUCGGGACCAGGGAUAGGGCGAUGGUUCCAGUGAUGUCAUGACGUCAGGCAGCUGAACGACUCCUACCGCGCAUGCGCUGCGCUAACUUGAAGUUGAAGCAGAAACGAAACCUGCGGGCGAAGAGGGGAAGCGGUGAUCAACGGCAGCUGGCCCGGCCCGGCGGGAGUUGCUGGCCCGGUCCCUGGCCUGCCCGCGCCAUGCUGCUGUGCGAGCUGUGCGGCCAGGCGCUGCGCACGGAGCCGGAGAUGAGGCGCCACCUGCUGCGCGCGCACCUGGAGCGCGAGUCCCGCUGCCCGCUCUGCUCCUUCUCCGCGCCCGGCUUCGACGAGCUGCGCGCUCACGUGGACAGCGCGCACCCCGAGCCGGGCCCCGCCCCCGCGGGCGGCCCGCCCCAGUGCCCCUUCUGCGGGGAGACCGGCGCCUCGCGCCGCCAGGUGGAGGCGCACGUGAGGUCCCGGCACGGCCACCUCCUGGACCCGCCGGUCCCGGGAAAUGGUCAACAGCUAUAUGAAUGUCCAAUGUGUGAUCUUGUCUGUGUAAACUGUCAGAUUCUCCAGGAACAUGUGGACUUGCACUUAGAAGAGCACCGCUUUUCAGAAGAUAUAAAUGUAGGUGGAAGUUUAAGUGAUUUGGAACUGGCUCAGCAGCUCCAGAAUGAAGAAGACAGACAGCAAGGAUUAGAAGAAGCAAGACGAGAAAGAGAAGAAUUCCAAAAACUGCAGAGACAAUAUGGAUUGGAUAGUUCUGGAGGCUACAAGCAGCAGUCACUAAAGAAUAUGGAAAGGGAAGUAGCUAGGGGAAGGAUGCAGCCUUCUGAAUAUCAUAAGAGAAAAGCUGACAUGAUGGAAUCUUUGGCUUUUGGAGUAGAUGAUGGGAAAACAAAGACCUCAGGAGUCAUUGAAGCACUGUGCAGGUACUAUCAAAAUGAAAUCAAAGAUGUAAGACGUGUAUGGCUUUCUACAGGAGUGGAUCACUUUCACUCAUCUUUGGGAGACAAAGGUUGGGGUUGUGGCUACAGGAACUUUCAAAUGCUGCUUUCUUCAUUAUUGAGCAAUGGCAUGUAUAAUGACUGUUUGAGAGAUAUUACUUUAAUUCCUUGUAUUCCAAAAAUUCAGUCCAUGAUUGAAGAUGCUUGGAAAGAAGGUUUUGAUCCUCAAGGAGCAUCUCACUUCAGCAAUAGAUUACAUGGUACCAAGUCAUGGAUAGGAGCAUGUGAAAUUUAUUCUCUGUUAACCAGUCUCAGGUUAAAGUGUCAAAUCAUUGACUUUCACAAGCCAACUGGCCCCUUGGGUACACACCCUCGUUUAUUUGAAUGGGUUUUGAGCUACUAUUCUUCAAACAGAGAAGGUGGUACAAAGGUUGUGUGUACCCGCAAACCACCUAUCUACAUGCAGCACCAAGGGCAUAGCCGUACUAUUGUUGGAAUAGAAGAGAGGAAGAAUAGAACAUUAUGUUUACUAAUAUUUGACCCAGGAUGUCCAUCCCAAGAAAUGCAGAAACUGUUAAAACAAAGCAAUGAUGAUACCAGUCUCAAACUACUUCGGAAAUUUGUGGGUAGCUUAAAAGAUAAACAGUACCAAAUAGUGGCUGUAGAUGGCGAGCUCUCACCAGAGGAGAAAGUUGUUCGCUGCCAGGCGUCUCAAAUGUUCACAGCAGAGAGGAUUCCUUAAAGGGUGGCCUAUUUACUACUUUUCUCUGGAACUCCAUGGAUGUGAAACUUUGAAAAGCUGUCUAAAUGCAUUUAAUCAUCUUAUUUAUAAUGUGUUAAUAUUUUUCAGCAUUUUUAAUUAUACCUUGCCAAAAAAAUAAGUUUGUCCUGUUAAUUUUUUAAUAAAUAUUUAUAGGCUU